AAGGGAGUUAUAUUUUUGUAUUAGUUCAUGCCUUUUUGUGUUGUUGUUAAACAUGUCCUUCUUCAUUCCUUAGCUUAGCAGCCAUGGCUCUCAAGCUCAAGCUUAACCUCUCUCUCUUCCUCUUAUUUCUCUCCUCUGUCUCUCUCUCUUCUUCCUACGAACCUCGUAACCAUGAAGUUGAGGCUUUGAUGAUAAUGAGAGACGAUUUGCAUGAUCCACAUGGGGCGUUGAGCAACUGGGAUAGAGACUCUGUUGACCCAUGUAGCUGGGCUAUGAUUACUUGCUCUCCUGAAAAUUUCGUUAUUGGCUUGGGAGCUCCGAGCCAGGCUCUCUCAGGAACUCUCUCCGGAGCAAUCAGAAACCUCACAAAUCUUCGUCAAGUGUUAUUGCAAAACAACAACAUUUCUGGAAAAAUCCCCCCAGAGCUAGGCACGCUUCCCAAGCUUCAGACUUUGGAUCUCUCCAACAACAGAUUCUCUGGUGUUGUUCCGGACUCAUUGGGUCAGCUUACUAGCCUCCUAUACUUGAGGCUGAACAACAAUAGCUUGUCUGGGGCUUUUCCUGUUUCCCUAUCCAAAAUCCGUCAGCUUGCUUUCUUGGACUUAUCUUACAACAAUCUCAGUGGCCCUGUGCCUAAAUUUCCAGCUAGAACGUUCAAUAUUGUGGGAAAUCCACUGAUCUGUGGAAGUAGCUCCAUUGAUGGAUGCUCUGGAUCAAUAACUCCGAUACCUCUUUCAUUCUCUCUAGAUUCGUCUCCGGGAAAACAUGACUCCAAGAAACUAGCAAUUGCACUUGGGGUCAGCCUCAGCUGUGCCUUUCUCGUACUCCUAUCUCUCAUCCUUCUUUGGCACCGGCGGAAGCAACGGAGCCAAACCAUCUUGAACAUCAAUGAUAACCAAGAAGAGGGACUCAUAAGAUUAGGCAACCUCAGAAACUUCACUUUCAAGGAGCUCCAACAUGCUACGGACCAUUUUAGGCGUAAAAACAUUCUUGGUGCAGGAGGUUUUGGCAAUGUGUAUAAGGGAAAGCUUGGAGAUGGGACUCUGGUUGCUGUGAAACGGCUGAAGGAUGUGACGGGAACAGCUGGAGAGUCGCAGUUUAGGACAGAACUAGAGAUGAUCAGCCUUGCGGUUCAUAGGAAUUUGCUUCGAUUAAUCGGGUAUUGCGCUACCCCUAAUGAGAAGCUUUUGGUGUACCCCUACAUGUCUAAUGGCAGCGUGGCAUCUCGGCUUAGAGGAAAACCAGCACUGGAUUGGAACACAAGGAAGAGGAUAGCGAUUGGAGCUGCAAGGGGUCUCCUUUAUCUACACGAGCAAUGUGAUCCAAAGAUCAUUCACAGAGAUGUUAAGGCGGCAAAUGUGCUUCUGGAUGACUUCCACGAGGCAGUUGUUGGUGAUUUUGGUCUUGCAAAGCUUCUUGACCACGCUGAUUCACACGUCACCACUGCUGUCCGUGGCACAGUCGGCCACAUUGCUCCCGAGUAUCUCUCCACCGGCCAGUCAUCCGAGAAAACCGAUGUUUUUGGGUUUGGAAUUCUCUUGUUAGAGCUGAUAACAGGAAUGAGGGCUUUGGAGUUCGGCAAGACUGUGAAUCAGAAGGGAGCCAUGCUUGAGUGGGUGAAGAAGAUACAAGAAGAGAAGAAAGUGGAACUCUUGGUGGACCGGGAGCUGGGGGACAACUACGACCGGAUAGAAGUGGGCGAGAUGCUGCAAGUGGCUCUCCUCUGCACCCAGUACCUUCCCGCCCACCGACCGAAGAUGUCAGAAGUGGUCCGGAUGCUCGAAGGCGAUGGCCUAGCCGAGAAAUGGGCGGCCUCACAUAAUCAUAAUACUAAUCCCACCAUGAACCUCUUUCAUAAUCCUCACAACACCAACAACAACAAAAGUGCAGCCCGCCUUACUACAACUACUUCUUCCACUGCUUUGAGACAUGAUUGCAGUGAACAUGAACGCUCAAGCAUGUUCGGAACAACAAUGGAUGAGGAUGAUGAUGAGCAUUCCUUGGAUUCCUAUGCCAUGGAACUCUCAGGCCCAAGAUAGAUAAAAGAGAGAAAAAAAAAAGUAUAAGAAAAAAGAAUUAUUUUUCCUUUUUUCCUCUUUUCCUUUAUUCUUUAUUUACUCUAUGAUUCCUGGUCCUGCAAAGAUAGGUUUGAAUUUUCUGUCCUAACAAACUUUUAUUUUUUUUAUUUUAAAUUUCUGGUUUUGUGGGUUUGUAAUGUAAAUGUAGCCCCUUUCUUUUUCAUGCUUCCUUUAGUCAGUAGUUGGUAUAAAUGUGUUGCCCCUUUCCCAUGCCAUGAAACUCUCAGGUACAAAAUGGACCCGAAAAAGAGAAAAGUGAGAAAAGAAAGUAAGGAAAAUAAUUAUGUCCUUCACAAAUAGGUUCAAAUACUAUCUA